AUGUCAGAUGAGGGGUCAGCGUACAGGCCGCGAGCAACCCUCGGGUGGUCAAGUGCAAUAGAGUUUGUUGUUCCUGGCGGCCCCAGCUUUGACCAAAUUUCGAGUCUCCGGCGAGUCGCUGGUUACAAAGGAGCACUGAUAGCCUGUGGUGCGCAUCGUGCGUUGAGUGAAGGAGUACUCUGUACAGAGUACACGCGUGCAUCUGGAUCGCAUCGCAUCGCGUUGAAGUGUGGGAUGGAAUGGGAUGACGCAGGACGCAGGACAAUGUCGGCAUUCAAAGCGAGAGUGGUUGGUGGAGGGGCGCCAAGGGACCAGGCGAGCGCGUGGAGGAAUGAAGAGGGGGCGACGAGGCGUUCCUGGGAAGCUUGGAAGCUUGACGAAGAGCGCAGGGGUAUCGUAUCGUUGUGCUGUCUCUUUGAGCUAGGAGCUAGGAGGACUUCGCAAGCAGUUGGUAGCGUGGGGCGGUGGCGUCGAUCGUGCAACAGGUAUCCCUGGGCCUCCUGGCGUCUUUUUCGGUGCUCGCUAGGCCCAGAAAAGCAAGGCCUUCGCCGAGCGGCCCGGGAUGGCGUCGGCUUUGGGCAACGAUUGGCUGUCGACUCGUCUCAGGAUACGACGGUACCUGCAUUUGAAGCCCCUGAGCGGAUGACGAGGCGGAGGAGCUGGCAACUGGCAACUGGCAACUGGCAACUGGCAACUGGCAACUGGCAACUGGCAACUGGCAACUGGCAACUGGCAACUGGCAACUGGCAACUGGCAACUGGCAACUGGCAACUGGCAGGCAUCUCUACGAGUUCCUACGAUCAGAGGUUCUGGAGAGCAAACGGAGCAGAUGAGGCCAUGAGAAGGCAGCAUAGGAACACCGGCAAUAAUAAAUACCAGAAUACUGGUAAGCGAGCAAUGACAUGUUCAGAAUGGGAUGACAGUAUCGAGACCCAUCCAUCUAGUCGAAACGACGCCACUGCGGUGCCUGAAAGCGGUGCGACACGAGGUUUGGCGCUCGGUAAAUUGGUCAUCCAAAAGACAAAUUUCCCGCCAGGCUGCGACGGCUUGAGAAGUCCGAGUUGGAUCCACGGAGCAAGGAAAGAACUCGUCAUGGAUGAGGCGGUGCCAGAUCCUGGUCAUUAA